AUGAUAGCAGCAGCAGCAGCAGCAGCAGCAGCAGCAGCAGCAGCAGCAGCAGCAACUGCUGCUGCUGCUGCUGCUGCUGAUGAUGAUGAUGAUGGUGCAGAAGAAACAGAGGUGUUCAUGGUGCUGUUGCUGCUGCUGCUGCUGCUGAUAAAGCAGCAGCAGCUGCAGGUUAUGGAUCCGCAGCAGCAGCAGCAGCAGCAGCAGCAGCAGCAACAGCAAUACCAGCGAGUGCAGCAGCAGCAGCAGCAGCAGCAGCAGCAGGUGGAGAGCAGCAGCAGCAGCAGCAGCGGCUUGAAGACAUACGCAUGA